AUGGCCAGCCCCGCAGAGCCGCGCGCUCCCCGCCCCCAGGCCCCCCUGCCAGCGGCCGGGGACGAGCCCGGCUCCGGCCCCGGCAAACUCCGCCCGGAGCCCUGGCGCGGCGCUGCCGGCGGGGGGAGCGCGGUGGGCCCGGGGCCGGCCCCCGAGCGGCCUGGCGGCGGCCGGGCCGAGCGCGCCGCGCCCCCGCCCCCGCGCCCGCCCCCCUCGUCCGCAGGCCGCGCCAGCCCCGCGGGGGGCCCGGGCGCCCCGAGUGCGCGCGGCGGCGGCGGCGGCGGCGGCGGCUGGGGCCCGGCCCGCGCUCCCUUCGCGCUCGCCCUCUCCUCCCCUGUCCCCUCCUCCUCUCCAUCUUCCUUUUACUUCUGGCCGCCGCCCCCUCCGCCCCCUCCCUCUCUUCUCCCCUCCUCAUCUGCCUUUCACCUCCCCGUGCGUCUCCCAGGAAGGGAGGGCGCAGCGGCGGCGGCGGCGGCGGCGGCGGCGGCUGGAGGAGGCGGCGGCGAUGCUGGCGGCGGCGGCGGCGGAGGACAAGAGGCAGCUCCCCUGAGCGUCCCUCCCGGCAGUAGUCCCCGCGGCGGCGGCGGCGGCGGCGGCGGCGGCGGCGGCGGGCGGCGGCGGCUCUUCCUCUGCUCCGCGCUCCAGAGCCUGCUGCUCCCGGCCCGCGCCGGGCUCCGGCUCCCGCUCGGCCCGGCCGCCCGCCGCGCGGGCUCCCCCGGCUUCCCGGGCGCGGGCGGGGGCUGCCCCGGCCCCAGCCCAGGCGGCGGCGGCCGAACUCCGCGGCGGCCCCGGGGCGCCGGCUUCGCCCUCGCCGCCGCGUCCCCCCUGCUCUUCGGCUCCGACAUGGAAGAUGGACCUUCCAAUAACGCGAGCUGCUUCCGAAGGCUGACGGAGUGUUUCCUGAGCCCCAGUUUGACAGAUGAAAAAGUGAAGGCAUAUCUUUCUCUUCAUCCCCAGGUGUUAGACGAGUUUGUAUCUGAAAGUGUUAGUACAGAGACAGUAGAAAAAUGGCUGAAGAGGAAAAACAACAAACCAGAAGAUGAAUCGGCUCCUAAGGAAGUCAGCCGGUACCAAGAUACGAAUAUGCAGGGAGUUGUGUAUGAACUAAACAGCUAUAUAGAACAACGGUUGGAUACAGGAGGAGACAACCAGCUACUCCUCUAUGAAUUGAGUAGCAUCAUUAAAAUAGCCACAAAAGCUGAUGGAUUUGCACUGUAUUUCCUUGGAGAGUGCAAUAAUAGUCUGUGCGUGUUCACUCCACCUGGAAUCAAAGAAGGAAAGCCCCGGCUCAUUCCUGCUGGGCCUAUUGCCCAGGGCACCACCAUCUCUGCCUAUGUGGCCAAGUCCAGAAAAACAUUGCUAGUGGAAGACAUCCUUGGGGAUGAACGGUUUCCAAGGGGUACUGGUCUGGAGUCCGGGACUCGCAUCCAGUCUGUUCUUUGUUUACCAAUUGUCACUGCAAUUGGUGAUUUGAUUGGUAUCUUGGAGCUCUAUCGGCACUGGGGCAAAGAAGCCUUCUGUAUGAGUCACCAGGAGGUUGCAACAGCAAAUCUUGCCUGGGCUUCAGUAGCAAUACAUCAGGUGCAGGUGUGCAGAGGCCUUGCGAAACAAACUGAGCUGAAUGACUUCCUACUGGAUGUGUCCAAGACGUAUUUUGAUAACAUAGUUGCAAUAGACUCUCUACUUGAACACAUAAUGAUAUAUGCAAAAAAUCUGGUGAAUGCCGAUCGUUGUGCACUUUUCCAGGUGGACCAUAAGAACAAGGAGUUAUAUUCAGACCUUUUUGAUAUUGGAGAGGAAAAGGAAGGCAAACCUAUCUUCAAGAAGACCAAAGAAAUAAGAUUUUCAAUUGAGAAAGGAAUUGCUGGUCAGGUAGCAAGAACAGGGGAAGUCCUGAACAUUCCAGAUGCCUAUGCAGACCCACGCUUUAACAGAGAAGUAGACUUGUAUACAGGGUACACCACACGGAAUAUUCUGUGCAUGCCCAUCGUGAGUCGAGGAAGUGUGAUCGGCGUGGUACAGAUGGUGAACAAAAUAAGCGGCAGUGCCUUCUCUAAAACGGAUGAAAACAACUUCAAGAUGUUUGCCGUCUUUUGUGCGUUAGCCUUACACUGUGCCAAUAUGUACCACAGAAUCCGUCACUCCGAGUGCAUUUACCGGGUGACCAUGGAGAAGCUGUCCUACCAUAGCAUUUGUACUGCGGAGGAGUGGCAGGGCCUCAUGAGCUUCAACCUCCCUGUGCGCCUCUGCAAAGAAAUUGAAUUAUUCCACUUUGAUAUUGGUCCUUUCGAAAACAUGUGGCCUGGAAUUUUUGUCUACAUGGUCCAUCGUUCCUGUGGGACGUCUUGCUUUGAGCUUGAAAAGUUGUGUCGUUUUAUUAUGUCUGUGAAGAAAAACUAUCGGCGGGUUCCUUAUCACAACUGGAAGCACGCAGUCACCGUAGCGCACUGCAUGUAUGCCAUCCUCCAGAACAACCACGGGCUCUUCACUGACUUGGAGCGCAAAGGACUGCUAAUCGCGUGUCUGUGUCAUGACCUGGACCACAGGGGCUUCAGUAACAGCUACCUGCAGAAAUUCGAUCACCCUCUGGCAGCUCUCUAUUCCACCUCUACCAUGGAGCAGCACCACUUCUCCCAGACAGUGUCCAUCCUCCAGUUGGAAGGGCACAAUAUCUUCUCCACCCUGAGCUCCAGUGAAUAUGAACAGGUGCUUGAGAUCAUCCGCAAAGCCAUCAUUGCCACAGACCUUGCUUUAUACUUUGGAAACAGGAAACAGUUGGAAGAGAUGUACCAGACCGGAUCGCUAAACCUUAAUAAUCAAUCACAUAGAGAUCGUGUCAUUGGUUUGAUGAUGACUGCCUGUGAUCUUUGUUCUGUAACAAAACUAUGGCCGGUGACACAAUUGACGGCAAAUGACAUAUAUGCAGAAUUCUGGGCUGAGGGUGAUGAAAUGAAGAAGUUGGGAAUUCAGCCUAUCCCCAUGAUGGACAGAGACAAGAAGGACGAAGUCCCACAAGGCCAGCUGGGCUUCUACAACGCUGUGGCCAUCCCCUGCUACACCACCCUCACCCAGAUCUUCCCGCCCACAGAGCCUCUCCUCAAAGCAUGCAGGAAUAACCUCAGCCAGUGGGAGAAGGUGAUCCGAGGGGAGGAGAGCGCAGUGUGGAUCUCAUCGCCGCCAGGGGCCCAUGGGCCCUCGGAGAAGCUGCCUGUGAAGAUCGAUGACUGAUUGCCACCCGAUGAGCUGUCCCACCUGCAGAUGCUCGUCCUGCUUCUUUGACUUUUCUUCCUUUUAUUUUUGUGGGGGGAACCUACACCUGGUAAUGAGGAUGUAAGCCUCUAGAAGAAGGUGACACCCAGGAAACGUGUAAGCAGAUGACUCCCCACCAGUCUCAUCUGUCACGCGUCAGAGACAGUGAUCAACCAGGACUACCCCGUGACCACAAGUCAGCUGUCCAGGGGACUCCAUGUGACUCGAGGACUGGCCUUUUCUCACAUUGCUGGGCCUUACUGGGAAUGGACAGGAAUGAUUCAGAAGGGGGUCCUUUCCCGUUGUAGCUUUCCAGUGAGGGGUUGAAAUGGUACUAUUAUGAUGUUGUACUCUGGCUUUAACACCAAUGUUGCUUUGAUGUUGUUGGUUAUAAAUAGGAAUUUUUACACGUUACUAUUGUGAAUGUUCGUGUGUGACCUACUCGUAAUUAGCGUGAAUUGUAGCUGACAGCCUCAGGACAGGUGUCACUGAGGGGACAGAGUAAGAAGUGUCUUUCUGCAAUCAGUGAUGGAAAAUAGAUUCUUGUUUCAGAGCCUCAUGAAUUAAAAGUUAGGUGGAUGACAAGUGUAUUCUUUAAGUUUAUACUAAAGGGCUUGGAUUAAUAGAUUUAACACUAAGUGAGGUAAGACUUUCUAUCCUCUUGAGAGGAGAUUCAGAUAAACAUAAAAAAUCUCAGAACUCAAUUCAAAAAAUGUCGAAGAAUAUUUUUUAUUUUUUUCUUCAUUGUAGGCAAAUUUUCUAAACCCUUUGCCUAGAGAACAAAACAAAAGCAAGGCAUAUGAAUUUUUCUUAACAGAUAGGUCUUACGGGAUGUCAAAUGUGAAUGUCAAUAAUGAUUUCUUUAUAUUUUCACUUGGUGUCAUUGCAAGAAUUUAGACUCACAUUCAAAAUGAGAGGUUUAUUCUAUGAAUUAUUUAAUUAAAAUACCAUACAUUUCUCUCAAAGUCAAAUUAAACCAUAAAAUUUAAGUUUUGUGUAAUUUUUACUUUGAUCUGCUGCGCCCAACCCCGGUUCAUUCCCUGCUGUGUGCUCAGUGGUCACAUUUCAAGAGCUCUCCGUCCACAAUGGGGGAGUAGAGGAGCCCCGUACAGGCACAUCGGGGCACAUUUCUUGCUCCCUUCUCUGCUCAAGUAUCCAGUAUCUACAUGCAAACCUGUAGUGUGUAGAGUCUUCUGUAUAAUUUUUGGUGGACUAAAAUUACUCAACAAUGUCAGUGUGUUUUGAAAAAAAAUACACCAAAGUAGUAGUCCAGACCCCCUCCUACAAGGAUUACAAGCCAGUCACUUCGGGUUCAUAUUACAGCUGUCAAGAUUUUUAGCAUAAAGGCAGGGUCACCCCCAGAGCUGUGGUUAGUCCUGACCUGAAGGAAUUAGAGAAUCAGAGGCUCAAGGAGUGGUAGGCAGAUCCAUAACAAACCGCUUAUCUACCUACUAUUCACGUGGCAGGAAACUGGAAUAGUACUUUUGAUAAAAUGAAUUUUUAAAAUAAUUCUUUUACAUAUUCAAUACUGUACACAUUGUUAUUCAUAUGGUUUUUGCAAAAAGAAAUCAGAUGUUCCUACAACAUGAUUUAAGUUGUAGCAGAGUUAGCUAUAUAUAAACAUUGUUCUUAUUUUAAAAUUAACACUAUGUGUUCAAUUUCCCUAUGGGCUUCUGGAAGUUGCCAUCUUCCCUACAUGGCCCUCCAUUUGCUAUUGUAAUUAUACAAUAGGAAGUAAAAUGAAGUAUCUAAAGAGAGAAAUACCAUGGUGGCUAGACACACACAUACACACACACACACACACACAAAUACGAAAGUAUAUACAUGUAAGGGAUAGAGAUGCAAACACAUCUAUAAAAAGUAAAAACUGGCCCCAUUCUUCAAAACCUGAUUUUUUUUGUGUGUUGGAAAAUGUAUAUUAUUUGAUGAAGAGCUGGGUAGAAAAUGCCCUUUUCCAUGUUAGUGCAUUUAUUGAAUUAAACUCUAAAAUGUUGCAUGUUUUUCUGCACUCAGAUUUAUGAAACUGGACCUACCAAAGUUAGUGUAGUCAUGUAAUGGGACUCAACUAAAUUGCAAGGCAGUGGGCAGGAAAUACCAUCAAAGAUCGUUUAAUUAAAAGGAUCUUAAUGCAUGGAUUUUGCUUGUUGAUAAGGAAAACAGUCACAUGGGGAGGAAAUCUUACGGCUAUUUUUGCUUUUUAAUAUUGCUUUUCUAAAGUUAUUACAGAAAAUUGUCUUAUUUUUAUUAGACCAAGUGUAUUGUAUUACAUUUUCUUUGAACAGUUUUCCAAAGAAAUGUACAUGGAUUGACUGGUUGGUUGAUUUCUCUUGAAAUAUUGUCAGAAUCAAAGCAAAGUUUGAACAAAGGAAGGACUGUAUUCUAAUGUAAACUGUUAGUAUUCUUAAGAUCUACUUAGGAAUCAUGCAUUUACCUAAAAUGGGUCCGAGAUGCAGUGACAUUUAGUCGAUAAUCUGCUUUUGGAAAAAAUGCAGUUAGGAGCACUUUUAUAUUGGGGCAGAUGUAGUUAGCAGACAAACUUUUUGAGUUCUGUGCUCAUCUUUUUCCCAGAUCUUUUCUUGAAAGGGCAGAUGGCUUUUAUUACCCAAAGUUUUGACUAGUUUCUCAUUAAGAGUGGUUUUUACAUUGGAUCGAAAUUUCCCUGUUCAGAAUAAAUUUGGUAGCCAGCCGUGAGUAUAUGGAGAAUGUUCCAUUCGUGGAAGUUUUAAUUGGUUGUGCCAAUUUACAAUGGACAGUUUUAUUGUCAGGUGCAAUUACUCCAUCAUGAAAUGUCAAACUUAGGCAACGGAACAAAAUUCUAAAAGUUUCAGACAUCUUAUUAAUUAAUAGUUGACUGUGGUUUAAUUAAUUAGAAAAAAUAAAACAGAUAUGGAAAGUAAUUCUCAAAAACGGCAGUAAUUCUCUUCCUGGGGCAGGAUUGAGAUCCACUUCCCAGCCUCCGUUAUCUCUCCAGGGCUCGUCAGAAAGCGGUGCUGAAAGUGAGACCAUGCUGAAUUAGUUAGCAUUCCUGUCCUCAUUCUGGACUCUUCCCUCAUAGGGAAAACAUCUGUGCAGAUGCUACAGUACUGCGUAAGAUGACUUGUUCUCACAGCAUCAGAAACAGGACUACUUUGAAACUGGAUUUGUUCAGUGUAGGUUUCCUCUUCUUAGCAUGCUUUCUAGAUAGCUUUAGAUUUUUUUUUUUUUGUACAGUCUCACUGACUUUUUCUUUACUGGUAUGUUUAGGCACACUAGAUACAUUUGUAUGUGAUACAUGUAGAUAAAUCCUCAGCUACCUGGAUUUUUUAGUAGAUUUAGUUUGAAUGUUAUGUUUCUGGUCUUUUAACUCAAGGUUUGAGCUUUAAUAGGACUAAAUUACUCACCAUGCCUUGCUCUGUGCCUUUAUUUUAAAUACUGCAAUUUUACUUCUUCAUUUGCAUAUUUAUUAUUUUGCCUUUCUUGCUUAACUGUAAUUAAAAACAAAGGGGAUAUAUUCAUGAUUAAUUGGAUCAAACUGAAUGGAUAGGACCAUUCUCUCCUGAUCAGACGUCUAUCCUUUAUUUGAUGUCAUUCACACACACCCUGAUGACUAACUAUAACCAAUGAACGGUUCAGAGGCGGUCUUUUUUUGCCAAAAUUUCCAAGAACUGUGACACAGUUAUGGUGUGAUUUUAUUGGGUUUCAGGUACAUAUGCAUGAUUUAGAUUUUGAAAAUCACUUCUAACCUUUAUUUCAGACAUGUGUUUGCUUUUGCUGAUUUUAUUUAGGGUUUAAUUCUUUAAAGACUUAUUCAUUUAGUCACAUUAAUAUAUUCCCUUUUAUUGCCUGACUUUAAAAUCUCUGUAAAAUGUAAAUGAGCUGUCAGGUCUUGCCCCCCUCACCCUGUCCCCCACUUGUCAGCAGCGCAUGGCCCUUCUGUUUUACCUUUGCAUAAGUAUCUACCUUGAUACACAUUCCUGCCCAUUUCUUUAAACUCCUAAUCUUAAGUUUAAAUUAGUGAUUCCCAAUGCAAUACUUUACACUCUUUGGUUUUCAUCCUUUUUUGUACUGGAUAUUUUGGUUGUCUGAAGCAUUAGAUGGAUUUCUGGGAUGGUAAAAAUAGCAAAAAAAGAAAAAUUUCAGUGGUGUUCUGGUUCUAAAUUAAAAGGGUGGGAUAAAGAGAAAGACAUUAAUGUUUCCCAAGAAACAGUAUUUCAAAUUCAAAGAAGCAUUACUGUCUUCACUCAACUGCUAAGUUUCUGGCCUCUGGACCCACAGUGGACAGCAGUGCUAUUUGCCUCAUGCAUGGUUGGACCUCACUCUACAGGGCGUGUGAGGAUUUGGUAACUGAACGAGCAGACCCGAGUGUGCCCCUGCUGGGGUGUGGGUUCAUGUAGCCCAAAGACCCAGCCCGGGGUUAAGAGCUGAGUCCAAUGUGUCACAUAGAGAAGUGAGUUUACACGUGUCAGGUGUCAGCUGAUAGUUUGAGGUACUUUGUAUUUGCAGAAGUGUAAAUGGCAAGUCUUUAUUCCUGCUGCAAGUUGAGGUUGCGAGGUGUAUCAUCUGGUCCCAGCUCACUGGAAACAUCAUCAGACCAUGGGUGUUGCAGCUUUGGUUUUCCUUCACCCACUUGGAUAAUACCCAGUCCUAUGCCCUAUCUCCACCAGCCUAUGUAGAUGCCAUACAGGAAUAUUAUUUCCCAUAUAAUCUGUUGGAUGGCGUGUGUCCUACGUACGGAUUUGAUGCACACGUUGAAAGUACAAUAGAUUUAUCUGUGGAAGGUGCCCCUCAUUCACCAGACCCAACGAAGUGACCCAUGUGAAAUCAUGUGCUUGCCCAAAACACUGUGAAAGUUACCAAAAUUUAUAGACACGCAGCAUCUUGAAUCUUUCUGAAAAAAAAAAAGGUGGCUUUCUUUUCAAGUCCGUAUGAGCAAAAGAGAUCCUACAUCCCCACGUAGGUCAGGUCCCACGCUUUUGCCAGCAGUGAUCUCGCUGACCCCAACUGCUAAGGUGUAAGAUGGGUUACAAGCUGUCCAAAAUACAAUGCGCUGCACAGACAAAUCUGUAGAGUUGAUGGAUUUGUAUCCAAAGUUUUAGUGGGCUCUCUUUUAGGAGAAAGAAUUCCAAGUGAACAGUAUCCGACUUCAUUAUAGUUGAUGAGUUAGCAAACUUAAAACAAUUAUUUUAUAUGUAUGACAUAUAAAGAUCUUUGUAAAAUGCACAAGUGCAAUAAUUUAAAGAGGUCUUAACUUUGCAUUUAUAAAUUAUAAAUAUUGUACAUGUGUGUAAUUUUUCAUGUAUUCAUUUGCAGUCUUUGUAUUUAAAAGAAACCUUUACCGUUAUGUUUGUAUAAUAGAACAGUAAUCAUUUAUUAUAACCGAGGCAAGUUGUAAAUAAAUUCAUAAUUCAAACCGCCAGUAUAUAUGCAUAUAUGGGUGUUAAACUGCAAAAUCUAGCUUUGUUUUACUUACAUGCUUAGAGCAGCAAGAAAUCUUUUGUCGAUAUGUAACUAUACACACAAAGUAUAUAUAUAUGUAUGAUACAUGAAAUAUAUGUAGAGAUGUUCAUAAUUUUAAUGGAUAUCCUUUGGUGUGAAUAAUUG